GCGCCGAGAAGGGUGGGAAGUGCCGGGACGAGCGGCGAUCGCUGCAGCACCCCCCCCCCCCCCCCCCCCGAAGCCGCGGGGAUGAGGCGGGACGUGCGCAUCCUCCUGCUGGGCGAAGCCCAAGUGGGGAAAACAUCCUUGAUCAUGGCUCUGGUGGGUGAGGAAUUCCCUGAAGAGGUUCCACCUCGGGCCGAAGAGAUCAUCAUCCCUGCAGACGUCACCCCUGAGAAAAUCCCUACCCACAUUGUAGACUAUUCAGAAGCCGAACAGACGGAAGAAGAGCUCCAAGAAGAGAUUUCCAAGGCCAACGUGGUGUGCAUGGUCUAUGAUGUCACAGAGGAGGCCACCAUUGACAAGAUUCGGACAAAAUGGAUUCCAAUGGUGAAUGGUGGCAUUGAGAGAUGUGCCAGGAUUCCCAUCAUUCUGGUGGGAAACAAGUCCGACCUGCACACCGGGACCUCCAUGGAAACCAUCCUGCCCAUCAUGAACCAGUUCUCGGAGAUCGAGACCUGCGUGGAGUGUUCGGCAAAGAACCUGAAAAACAUUUCGGAGCUCUUCUACUAUGCCCAGAAAGCUGUUCUUCACCCAACUGCUCCUCUCUAUGACCCGGAGGAGAAACAGUUACGGCCGGCGUGUGCCCAAGCUCUCACUCGCAUUUUCACCAUGUCUGAUCAGGACAACAACCAGAUCCUAAGUGAUGAAGAACUCAAUUAUUUCCAGAAGUCCUGUUUUGGAAACCCAUUGGCCCCUCAGGCUCUGGAAGACGUGAAAAUGGUGGUGUGGAAGAACACAACAGAUGGUGUCCAGGACAAUGGCCUUACGCUCAACGGCUUCCUUUUCCUCAACACCCUCUUCAUCCAGAGAGGGCGUCACGAGACUACAUGGACCAUCCUCCGCCGCUUUGGCUAUGAUGAUGCCCUGGAACUGACCGAUGACUAUCUCUGCCCAGUGAUUCAAGUACCCCAGGACUGUUCCACGGAGCUCAACCACUUUGGGUACCAAUUCCUGCAACGGAUGUUUGAGAAACAUGACAAGGAUCGUGACGGCGCCCUCUCGCCUGUCGAGCUGCAGAACUUCUUUGGUGUGUUCCCCUACAUCCCCUGGGGACCUGAGCUCUACCACACGGUAUGCACCACAGAUAACGGCCUGCUUUCCCUGCAUGGAUUCCUCUGCCAGUGGACGCUGGUUGCCUACCUGGACAUCCAUCGCUGCUUGGAACACUUGGGCUACCUGGGGUACCCGAUCUUCUCUCAGCAGGACUCUCAGAUUUACGCCAUCACAGUCACCCGGGAAAAAAAGAUUGACUUGGAGAAAGGCCAGACUCACCGGAAUGUCUUCCUGUGCAAAGUGAUUGGGUCUCAGGGAUCUGGCAAGUCUGCUUUCCUGCAGGCCUUUCUAGGGAAGAAUGCGGUGGUCCAAAGUGAAUCUGAAGAAAACAAAUCAUCCUAUUCAAUCAAUACUGUGCUGGUCAAUGGACAGGAAAAGCAUUUAAUUCUGCAUGAGAUUGAGGCCGAUGUGGAAUUUGCAAAGACCUUUGACGCAACGUGUGAUGUUGCCUGCUUCUUGUAUGACGUGACAGACCUCAAGUCUUUUAAUUACUGUGCUAAUAUUUAUAAGCAACACUACCUGGACAGCCAGAUCCCUUGUCUCUUUGUGGCUUCCAAAACGGACCUACCGGAAACAUCCCUUCCGCACGGUGUCUCGCCAACCGAGUUCUGCUACAAACACCGUUUGCAGCCCCCGUUUUACUUCUCCUGCGUCAGCCAGGAACUCCUCAACACCGCCGUCUACACCAAACUAGCCACGGCCGCCACGUUUCCGCACCUGAACGACAUCGAGUUGGGCACCUCGUCCUUCUGGAUCCGGAUUGCCUUGGGAGCUGCGGUGGCCACCAUUGUGGGAAUCAGUCUCUACAAAGCAAUGAUAAAGAACAAAUAGGGGAUGGCGAGGACAUAGGAACCUCUCUUUCUUCUCCUCCCUUGCUCUAAGGUUCUUUUUUCCCCCACGUGUCCAGGAAACCAACGUCCUUUGCCUCCCAAGGACUUUGCAAAACCCAAAAGAAGUGUGCAAGGGGAAGGCAGAAGGAGACCUGAAGGACGUUCUAACCCCCUUGGCUUCUCCCAACAGAGGGGUAGGUGGGUGUUGCAGAUGGGAGCGGAUGACCACCGUUGCACCAGCAUCCUCCGAAAUCAUCGCAGUCACCUAACUGGCAUGGGCAAGAUUUGCGUUUUUUCUCACUCAGGGAAUGUCCCCAAUCCUGCAAGCCAUAGCAUCAGAUAUCUUCUGGGCCUUUCAGCUCCUACAAAUAUCUUAGCUUCCCCCACCCCAAUUUUUGUUUUUAACCUCUUUUGGCUGUUCGUCAGAAGCUGAAGCUCCUGCAAGUCCAGUAAAUGUUUUUUAAAAUAGACGUGUCUUGGGGAAAGUCGAGACUGUUGUCCCUCUGGGGUGUCUCUGUUUGGACCUUCUGCUUCAUCUCCUGUUUGGAAGGAUGUCUUGGAGCUCCCCUUGGGGUUUCUGGGACUUUGUGAACCCUUUUUCUAAGAAGGAAUUUCACCCAGGUUGUCUUCCUGGGGCGGGUUGACUCAAACACAGAACAGAGGAACCUCCAUGGAGGUGGAAGGAUGGAGAACUGAGAUUGAACUUCUCGCUCUUGACACGGACAUGACUCGUUGCACACCCAUGGUAAGGCACCAGUGUGGUUUUCUGGGGCAGCUUGGAAACUUCUGUCUAUCACUCGCACUCACUAGUUCAGGAGGUCCUGGGAGGUUGUCUACUCCGGCAACUGGGGAGCCAGUCGAGGAAGCAACUAGGACCUGCCUCCCUCCACAAAUAUUCUUGGAUCCAUUAUAGGAGCAGCCCAUCUUCUUAUAUUCAGCAAUGCAGCACGUGGAAAAGUCAUAGGUGUUUUUUUUCCCUUCCCACUUCUUUUUCCCAUGUUCCAGGAAACCGAUAAUCUGCACAUUCUUCCUAUAUUUUAGAUUUUGGCUUGAAGGGGAGCGGGUAUCAAAGAGUCCCCUCUACCGAUGGAUCUCGGCCAUUGGUGGUCUAGCAGGCGAGGUCUCCCUCUCAGGGCCAUCUUCCAAACUUUUUAACUCUUUUAUCCUUGGCUCCCAAACUGAGCUACGUUCACAGCUCAAGAGGUAGAAGGGAAAAAAAAAAACACCCAGAUUUUAUGCCGUCCCAUAAACAAUCUCAGAAAGGAAUUCUAAAAAGGAAAGUUUGGGUGGUUUUUUUUUUUUUUUUUACUUUGCAGUUCUUGCACCCUUCACGAUUGGUCCUUUUUUGUGUGUGUGACACAGGUUGGGGUUUUCUCCUGAGUUCCUUCUCUGUGCUUGCAACCUGGGGCUCCCCAUCUUCAGCCAGAACGUUGCUGGUUUUAGGAUGGCAAACCCCUACUUUAUUGGGGCUGUGUCUAGUCCAGGUUUCCCCACAUUAGAUUACUUCUGCGGGCCAGAAAUGCAGGGGGCUACUAAAACUUGAGUUUGCCAAUCAUUCCAGCUUCGUGGGACGGAGGGGGGAUUGGGGAAUGGUUCCACAUGAGCAUAUGGAACUCACCUGCCACUUCCGCAGCCCAGUUCUAAAUGGUUCUAGACCUGGGAUUAGGCUGUGGCCUGGUGGGUUCGGGACUCAUGUAUUAAAGGACACAGCAGACCACGUGGAGAAGCAGAAGGCACCCACUCGUCCACAGUUGUGACCUCCGCCACCAAGUCUAUGAACUGAAAUAAAUCAAAAACUCUGCAAGCUCAUUUCAUCUCUUAUACCCUUUUAGGUUAAUAUUCCCAUUUCCUUAUAAGAUUAUUUUUAAGGUAGAUUAACGUACUGAAGAGAAGCUCUGUUAUUGGGUCUCAAAUCAAUUGCCAAGGAAAUAACUCCCGUCAGUAUUCAGCUCCCAUUCUUGACCUCAUGUUUUUCUACGUAACUUUAAACAAGUUAUUUCCCCAGCACUGUUUUUAAAUCCUUUCCCCUUUCCCCUCUCUACUGGAAUCCUUAAUUCAGGCAGUCGCAUCAAGGGCUUGGGAUAGGAUGCAGCCAACAUAUGCUUGGGGAAUUCUGGUUUGCAUUUUUGGUCCUUUUUUUUUUUUUUUAAACAAACUAAACUUUUUCAUAAAACCAGCAGCUGGAAAGUCUGUGUCUCCAACCUUCGCCAGUUGAAGACUUGUGGAUUUCAACUCCCAGAAUUCCCCAGUCAGUAGUGCUGGCUGGGGAAUUCUGGAAGUUGAAGUCCACCAGUCAAUUCUAGGACUGAAAGUCCAACUUGGGUCAAUUGGAAGACUUGUGGACUUCAACUCCGAGAAUUGGCUUGUGGACUUUAACUUCCAGAAGUCCCCAGCCGGCACCGCAAGUCCACAAGUCUUCAACCAGCCAAAGUUGGACGCCUCUGGUUUAAAACCAUUGUUCACCCAGUACGUCAUGGAAUCAAUGGAGAAAAAAAAUUGGAGAAACACACAGAACUGAUGGUGGCUGGUGGCCUUCAAGCCUGCUUUUGAGAAAGUCCUAAUCUUAAUGCUUUUAAAAAAAAAAACUAAUCAGGGUCUUUGGUUCUGAUGAGCAGAAAUAGAAGCAGGUACGGACCAUGAAACAAGGCAUUAAAUAUUCACCAAACACCAACAAGGAAGAGACUCUGCACACCUGGAAAGCUAGCAUAUUGGGAGAGUGGAGCUUCCUCUGGAGGGCAUUUUUUUUUAAAAAAAUAGGGGGGUCCUCAAAUGUUCACCCCUUGCACUAGGAAGUGGCCUGGACUGGGCCUGGCUUUAUGACCUUCAUUGCUGGGAUCUCAACUGUAACAUUUAGCCAGCUUCAAAAGAAAUGGUCCUUAGCCCUGGCUUAUGGGAGUGGCAUAGCCCAGUCGCACUGCAUGUGGAAUAUUUUGGAUUCUUUUGGGAUUCCCUGGACAUUUCAGGUACCCCUUCCACAUCACUUUGCACCCAGAGAUAAGCUCCAGGUAAAUUUUAAUAUCUCCAUCUCUUACUCCUCCUCUUCCACUGCAUUUAUGGAUUUGCUACCUGGAGCAAAUUCUCAGCAGCCAGCUUUGCAAGCGACAACCUCUUCUUUUUUCACCAAGCGAGAUGGGGGCCGUUCUCCUCCCCCCAGGGGGGCUCCUCUUAACCCACAUCUCUGUUCAGUCGUACCGAGUUCCAACUCAACUGCUGUGAACCUGAAUAAAUUUUUAUGCACCAGAUGGUUGCAGACAAAAGAC